AUGUCAGACUGUGCGCUGGUAACCAGUGUAAGCGAACACGAUGCUAGUAUGGAUGUGGGAAACGACAAAUCCCUCUUCGAGCCGACUAUUGAUAUGAUGGUAAAUGAUUUCGACGACGAGAGAACAUUAGACGAAGAAGAAGCUUUGGCGGCAGGCGAGCAACAAGAUCCGAAAGCGGAACUUAAUAGCUUGCAACGUGAAGGUGAUAUGCCUUUAGAGGAAUUACUUGCAUUGUACGGUUAUAACAGAGGUAUGGAUAAAGCAAGCCCUGAACAACCACCAGAGGUGGUGCCGGAGGAGAAUGAGAAAGCUGAGUCUGCUCUGCAGCAGCUUUACACUGAGACCACGAGUCCUGAAGCCACACGGUGCCUUCGCUCUGGCUCAAGGCCUCCUUCUGAAGAAGAAGAUGAUUACGAUUACAGUCCCGAUGAGGAUGACUGGAAAAAAACUAUCAUGGUUGGUAGUGAUUACCAAGCUGGCAUACCGGAAGGUCUCUGCAGCUACGAUGAUGCUUUGCCUUAUGAGAAUGAAGAUAAACUGUUGUGGAACCCAAGUGUCCUUGACGAAAAGGUGAUAGAAGAUUAUAUGAGAAAAAUAUGUGCUAUGAACUCCGGUACAGGCAUUGAUGCUGUGCCCAGAGGAAAGCAGCUGAGAGAUGACGAAGAGGCAUUGUUCUUACUGCAGCAAUGUGGACAUAAUGUGGAGGAGGCUCUCAGAAGGAGAAGGAUAUCAGCACAAACCCCCGCCCAUGCCAGUGUCUGGUCAGAAGAAGAAUGUAGAAACUUUGAAAACGGCAUCAAAGUUCACGGCAAGGACUUCCACUUAAUACGCCAACAGAAAGUGAGGACGAGAUCUGUUGGGGAGCUAGUACAAUUUUAUUAUAUCUGGAAAAAAACUGAACGACAUGAUAUAUUUGCUAAUAAGACGAGACUAGAAAAGAAAAAGUACACACUACAUCCCGGGCAUACUGAUUAUAUGGACAGAUUUUUGGAGGAACAGGAGGCUACGGGGGCUGCUAAUGUUGUCCGACCUGUCUCACCGUCGCCUAUGAUGGUGUAUGUACCUUCACCGGCCACCCAGCCAGAUCCCUUAGCUUUGGGAGAGAAAGAAGUUUUCUCUCAACUAAAUGCCCAUACCACACCUCCAAGGACCCUCUCAAUCGAGGAUCAAGAACCAGACGUUGUUUCCUAA